AAAUUUACGUCGCUUUUUUUAGACAUAGUGUCUUGUAUAGGGAUAUCUGACCAUUAUGUUGAUUACUCUACUAACCCGGGCCUUCAAGUCGAAGGACAACAAACAACAGGGCAAACCAACAACACCAUGUAUACACGAGAGGAAUAUCGAGCAAGACGAACUAAAUACCCAACCCAUAGAGGAGGCUUUUCAACCCGGAAGCUGUCUCCGAUGUAAAGCUGAUGAGCGAGAGGCUUCCAAGUAUCGAUGGAAACUUGUGCUAUGUCUACUCAUGCCCUAUGCUCUCCAAGCACUCGACGUAACCAUCGUCGCUAGUGCGUUACCGUGGAUUGCUGCUGAUUUCGGCGAAAUCGCCCAGCUUAACUGGAUCAUCUCGGCCUUCAACCUGACAUCGGCCGCAUUCAUCCCCUUCUGGGCACAGAUGGCCGACAUAUUCGGGCGACACUGGUCUCUGCAGAUGUGCUCCUUCAUCAUGUUAGUCGGCAGCGCCCUAUGCACCGGUGCCCCAACGACCGCCUUCGGCGCUUUUCUCCUCGGCCGAGCUUUCCAAGGUGUUGCCUGUGCGGGACUAAACACGAUUAUUCGUGCCAUAUUGGCAGAUAAGGUGUCGUUGGAAGAGAACGCGAAGAAUUGGAGUCUCUUCUCGCUGGUGGGGGGGUUGUGCUAUGGUCUCGGCCCUGUCAUCGGCGGUUACCUCACGGCGGCCAACUGGAGGUGGUGUUUCGGGAUCAACUUGCCUAUUGCUUUCGUCGGCAUCUUGGUUAUCUUUUUCUUCCUGCGGAACGAUCUCCUAGGGCCGCAGCCGAUCCCCGAACUAGAUGAACACGAGACCGGUCAUCGCGAACGAUUCGCCAGGCGUAUUUUGACUCUUGAUAUCGGCGGACAGCUUCUAUUCCUAUUCGGAUUCGGUCUUAUAAUUCUAGCCUUGACAUGGGGUGGUGCAACUUACGAUUGGAACCAUCCUGCGGUGCUUGUUCCUCUCAUCGUCGGCACCCUGCUAGCGUGCGCUUGGGUUUACUACGAAUACUCGAUGGCUCCAGGCGGUGCACUGUCGUUGAAGUUGUCUGCCCAGCGGCCAAUGUUGCCCUGGAACGUGAUGAAGAAUCGAAAUAUUGGCCUCUUAUCAUACGUCAACUUCGCCACGGGGAUGGCUAUGUAUAGUGUUCUUUACUUUGUCGACAUUUACUUCACAAUUGUCAAGGGCUUUCUUUCUGAUAAGGCCGGUGUUCAGUUGUUAUAUUAUACGCCAGGACUUGGAGCCGGCGUAUACCUCUCGAUGUACUUCUGCAAUGUCUGGCCUCGUCAAACAUUCCUACCCUUAUUCCUAGGCUCCCUAAUAGAAGCUAUCGGUGUCGGUAUGAUGGCGUACGCUCUAUAUUUCGAGCACUCGCCUACUAUAUACGGCAUGAUGGCCCUAACCGGUGCAGGUACAGGUCUGCGAUUUAUGCCUUGCAGUCUCCACGCCAUCGGUUUCUUCCCGAACCACGUCGCAACGGUGAUUUCUGUAAUGGCUGUUGCCACGACAUUCGGAGGCACACUGGCUCUUACCAUCAUGUCCGCUGUCUUCAACAACACAUCGGGCAUCUCGAAGGAUUCCCCUUUUCAGAAUGACUACGACGCUUUGCAUAAGCUUCCAGACGAGGUUAAAGCUCACGUUAUCGAGGGCGUCAAGAAUGGAAUUACCUGGGCAUUCGUCGCAUUGACGCCCUUCAUGGUUCUUUGCGUAUUCGUGUCAGCGUGCUUGGGCAACGUAACCAUUAUCAAGAAAACGGACGGUGCUGAGGCUGCCAAGGCUGAAGCCUCGGGUGAUCAUCUGGUGCACGGAAGCUACUUACUCUCUCUAAUAUAUGGAAAGGGUAGUUCGGAGAAUUGCGUGGAGCUUGGAGACGGAAGGAGGUUGGAGCAGCAGCCUAUGAUAAAGCAGAUGAGCUAAAGUUGAGACGGAGCUAUUUGCUAUAUUAUGCUACCCCUCAAAUCAAAGCGAGUUAAUUUUUAUGAAAAUGAAAAGAUGCUUGGAUAUUGGAUACAUGGUUAGACAAAUAGAUUUAGUAAAAGAUCAAUAAGGUAGAAUUUUAGGACAUAUAAACGCAGAGUGUCUGUGUAGAUACAUAAUACUACUACACUUAACG